UUGUGACUUCAUUCAACAGCAGUGUUGCGGACAAACGUCAUUUACUUUGUUAUCUUUUGAUCCAAUUUAUCUGACAACAAUAAAAAUUCCAGAUGGUUUCCUAAUUCGUAUGGAUAAGACCAUUUCAAUAAGUUGUCUGUGAAGUGUCAGUGUAUUUCGUGGAUUUGUGGGACUCUCAUUAUGUAAAUACUUUCUCUUAUAUCGCCUGACUGCCUGUGUUGCGAAAUCAAAAAUGAGUCUUUAUACAAACAUAGUGUCAUAUUCUCUAGUGUCGAACAGUAGUUCAAACGGUACCGAUGAUGAAGGGUGCAUGUUGAUGAACACCACACAAAAUGUGAUUAUAACAGGUGCGUACAACGGUAUUCCUCAGACUUUAAUAUUGAACUUGGUGUCGUGGACAUGCCUCAUUGCGUUGUUCACUGUGCUUCGGCGGACUGCGUGGAACUAUGGGCGGAUGGCACUCGUUCAGCGCACGAAGAGCCGGUGGACCAAUCUAUUUUACCGCGGAGGUGAUGGAGACGCUUUAGUAAACAGAAGACGAAGCGCCGACGAGACCCUCAACAUAGAUGAAGGAUUCUUUACAUGGCUACCAGCAGUGUUCCGCCUAACUCGCGAGCAGGUUCUUGCCAAGUGUGGCCCAGAUGCUGUACACUACCUCUCUUUCCAAAGACACGCAAUUACGUUGAUGUUCAUUGUGACACUAGUGUCUAUUGGGCUGAUUCUGCCAAUAAACUUCCAGGGCACUAAUUUGAAUGUGGACUCCAGUACUUUCAGUAGAACCACUCUGUCCAACUUGCCAGGGAGAUCAAACUGGCUAUGGGUACAUACUCUAGUAAGCAUCUCCUUUCUCCCGAUAUCUGUCCUGAUCAUGAGGAGAUGUACUGGGCGUAAACCAGUACCAACAUCUAUGACAGGCACAAUUAUGAUAACAAACAUAUCAAAAGCUGAUAGAAAUGAAUCCACUAUAAGAGCUUAUUUUACCAACAACUUCCCUAACAUCCAAAUAGUAGAUCUCAGACUUGCCUAUAACAUCAAUAUGUUAAAUGAAGUUCAGGAAAAGAAGGAUAUGGUUACAGAAGCCUUGAUAUACACCGACUCUUACUUCAAGAAAACUGGUAAGCGUAUAACUGUGAAACCUAACUGGUGUGGUCCUGAACUUGAUGCACUUGAGUACUACACCAAUGAAGAGAAGCGACUUAAAGAUGAAGCAAAAAGGUGCAGAGCUAUGGUGCUGAAUGAUCCUCUUGGUAUUGCCUUCUUAACUUUACCAUCAUACCAGCUAGCUGAACAUGUGAUCAAUAACUUUAAUUUGCAUUAUGGCUGGGUUUUGUCUCAUGCAACAAACCCCUCCGACAUAAUUUGGGAAAACCUUAGUGUACAACCUGGUGUGUGGUACCUGAAAGCUAUUGUAGUCAAUUUCUUCUUAUUUAUUGUGUUAUUCUUUUUGACAACCCCUGCAAUUAUUGUCAAUCUGUUCAAUACAAUGGUAGCAAAACCUGAUGCUCUAGGAAAAAUUAGUACUGUUAUUUUUGAAUUCCUCCCCACCCUGCUUCUGUGGACGAUGGCUGCUGUCAUGCCAGCUAUUGUUGCAUUCUCUGAUAAAUUUCUUUCUCACUGGACUAAGUCACAACAGAACUACUCCAUCAUGACUAAAACCGUUUCAUUCUUAUUGUUAAUGACUCUGAUUUUGCCCUCAUUAGGUCUUGCCAGUGCUGAAGCAUUUGUCAGGUGGACGAUACACCACGAAACUGACCCGAUGCGCUGGGAUUGCGUAUUUUUACCCGACAAAGGUGCUUUCUUUGUUAAUUAUGUUAUAACUUCUGGCUUUAUCGGAACCGCGUUGGAACUGAUCAGGUUUCCGGAACUGUUUCUCUACGUCUGGUAUUUACUACAGUCUAAAUCUAAGGCAGAGAAGAGCUACGUAAAGCGAGCAAUUCUUUACGAGUUUCCCUUCGGAGUUCAUUACGCUUGGAGCAUAGCGAUUUUCUCAAUUACGAUGGUAUAUAGUCUCGCGUGUCCGUUGAUCGCACCGUUCGGUUUAUUAUACAUGAUGUUUAAACACGUCGGCGAUAAACAUAAUCUGUUUUUCGCUUACGGCCCGUGCGAUAUGAGCGGCGUUGGUGGUGGGAGGAUCCAUGCCACGGCGGUCAGGCUUAUCCGAGUUUCGGUUCUUCUACUUCUCGUUAACAUGGCUGCUUGGGCUGGCUUGAGGGCAGGCUUCGAAGCAAGAACCAUAAUUUUGAUCAUGGCAUCGAUUGUUGCUUUUGGAACAUUUUUGUUACUUAGUCCAUUCCCGAGCUGUACGCCUCCUGCCCCGCUGCAGGAAGAGCCUAGUAUCAGAUUCCCAGAGUACAUAGCACCCGCGUUGACUAAACCCAUUGAUUCCUCCCCUAGUACGGCAGCCACGACCCCGGAUUAUGGGGCUUCGUCACCUGUUACGACGCAUUCGUAUAGUCCCGACCCAAUUAAUAUAUAAUUUGAAAAUUAGUAAAUUUUCUUAAUCAAGUAAUUGCCUUAACUUGCGAUCCGCUCAUAUCAGUGAUUAAUGAAAUACAUGAACGGGUGUAGUAUUGGCGAUUGAGAAUGGAGCAUUAGACUUUUAAAACAAUGUAAAUAACCAAUGCAAUAUUUUUAUAUAUUAUACAUAUACGAAGUAAUUGUAGGGGUAGUCGACUGAAAUCUUAUGUUCGGAUCUUUGUUUUAGUGUACACGAUAUUUUGUAAAAUAAAAUUAGGCGUUUGAGUACGAUCCACGAAUGAUUAGAAUUACUUUACUGCUUUACACGAAGCACCCAAUGUUUCUAUUUCGUUGUGUGCUUUGAACUUUGAUCACGCUGCUUCGAUCACGAGCACUGUUUUGUUACUAGGUUUAGAUAAAUUAAAUUAGAAUAAUAAUGGAUGAAUAUAGAUCUAUUAGGACCAUUUUGGUUCAAAGAGUAAGCGAUACGCCUACAACGAAAACGUAAUUGUAUUUGACGCCUUAGGCUUGUCAUAAUCCAUCGAGUUCUGAUAUCUUUCUCAGAAUAUAUCUAAAGACAGCAGUCCAGAACAUAAGAUGUCAGAAUACUUGAUUUUGUGAUUGUUUUAUGGCUGUCAUUUUUAUAUUUCCUUAUUCCUAGUAACUUAUUAGUAUAAUAGAUAUAUAAUAAUUAUGCUUUAUUUUUUGUACAUAUUGUAACGAGAUCUUUCGUGUUAUAUUUAGGUAAAUAACAUCGUCAGUAUGCAAUAAACACUGGAAUAUAUUUGUUACUUUCCUUUAACCGAAUUGCUCAUUACGAAAUAUUUUAAACUUAUUUAUUAGUAACUGCCUAAUGUAUUUCCUUAUAUAAAAUCGAAAUAUAAUUAAUUUGGCUCUCCAAUAAUUAUUGGAACUAUGGCAAUUGCUUAGUAUUGCUAUUACUAGCUGGCUAUGUAGCUAUAUCUCGGCCGAUGCACUAGUAAUACACGUUAUAAUCUUCACUUCCGCACUUCUUGUUCCUAAUUGGAUUGGUAUGCGGAAUUCCGAUUAUAUAUCUCAAGAGAUUUGCUCUCUCUUUUUAUUUAUUAAGAGCACUAUUUUGACAUAAUCUUACUUUACAGAAUCAAAGCCUUAAAUUCCUUUAACUAUGCGGAAUGAAAAUACUUGCCUAAAAACCUUCAUGCCAUAACAUUAAUGAAACGGAAGACUACACUACACAAUUAUUCAAGGAGUAGCUGAUUUUGUAUAGGUACUCAGUCAUAGCUAGUAAUAUUACAUAUUACUUUGAAGUUUCUUGCAAAUUAUUUCACCACGCACCGCUAAUUUAAUUCAGGCCAAAGCAACCUUCUAGUCGGUCAUUUACUUCGCAUGUCGUUUGCUUGCUCUAAAAAGUAUCGCAAUGUAAUAGAAGUAAGCGCUUAAAACAUCGCACCGAUUAUGAUUGAACCGGUCUGUUCCAUUCCAUCGGCGUCUGUAAUGUGAUACAAGUUGAUUAAAUGCGUAGACGGACGCGAACAACCACAUUCGGUGUGUCAAGGUUUCUUGGUUAGAUCUCGUUCUAAGCUGUUUUACAUUACUAUCGUCUGUUCGUAUCUUACGAGGACUUAAAAACAAGCCACAGCUGACAUUGCCCUUAAUUUCUGACAGUGAAGAUGCUUUCAUAAUUAAAGCAAUUUCAUAAUUACAUUAUUUAACUUGCGAGUAGUCUUCCGUCCGUUGUGAUGAAAACAUUGUUCUGAGAUAUGUCUAACAUUACCCAUUAUGAUUGUGCGUGACACUCGACUCCAAAUAGGUUAGUCAUCAACUGCACGUGAAACGUAUUACGCAUGCUAAUUAAGAGUAUUAGAAACCUUGCAUAAGACAUUAACGAUACGUUGAAAACCAUCCUCCUUCAUUCGUUGGUUGCUGUUAUCGUUAAUGAUCCAAAUCACCUAAAACAUUUUAACGUAACAUUCAGGUCAGGUUAUUAUAAAUAACUUGAAAUUUUUUCGCACGCAUUGUUCGCUAGACAUUAAUUAAUUGACGGCAUUAUUUAAUUAAACUAGCUCGAAUUUUGUGAAAGCAAAUCAGAAAAUAGGUUUAUAGUUGUAAACGUAUGUCUAGCUGGCUAUUUAACUGCGAACUAUGAACUUGCAAAUGUUUUCACACAGCUCUGAGAACCAGACGUCUCUAUUCAUAGAUGGCCCGCGUUGUAAUGGCAUGAGUUUACAAGGGCAAAUAUGCGAUACAUCCGCAAAGCAAUAUGGCUUCCUGAGUGACGUCACUAAGAAAACAAAAGUACGUAGUAAAGUAUUGUUUUUCUGUUGUUUAUAAGUUUACAGUAAAUAUUAAUAAUAAUGUUAGAAAAUUAAUAUUCAAGACGCAGAAGCAUAAUACUCGUAUCUUAAAGAAAAUAUACAACCAAUCAAAAUUGAUUCGUCACCCAAAAUAUUUUUCU